AUUCCAGACACCAGAGGCGCAGCAAACGCCUGAGAAAUUUUUCUGCCAUCACAAACAAAAACUUACUGGGUUGAGAAAAGUGAGAAAAACUCUGUGAAAAUCGUGGUAUUCCUGGGAUUUUCGUAGAUAGGAAGAUGCCCAGGAAGAAGUAUAAUCCAGUGGUUAAUCUUGCUAAAGGGGAAGAUGACUAUGAGAAGCAGAAAACGAAAGGUGCAUCUGGUGGGGAGACAGAUGAUGAUAAGGACGAACCACUGUGGAUGCAGACCCGAAACCGGAAGCAAUAUAGACAGUUUUCUAGUGAUGAGGAUAAGCCCCUGGUUGAGAGAAAAAGCACGAGGGGUAAUAGAAAAGCCAAGUAUUCCAUGAAGAAAUUGAUGGGAGAUGAUCAGGAGGAUAUUCCGGAACCCAUCAUUCCGGAGGAAAAGGUUGAGAAACGGGAAGAAUCCUCAUCAUCAGAUGAUGAGUUUGAGCUGGUUAAUAUCGAUGAAAUAAUUGUUCGGGAUCCACCAGCUGACACCGAAGCUGAAGGGAUUCCCGAUUCCUGCACCGUUAGGGAUAGGCAUGGUAAGAAGGAGUACAAGUGUAGUAAAUGUCCCAAGGUCUACUUGCGACCCAGCAAACUCAGGAAGCACUACCGGAAGCAUACUGGCGAGACCAGGGCAAAAUGGUACAAUUGUUCAAUCUGUUCCAAGCAAUUCUCCACAGCCCUAAAGCUGGACAAACACGUUAUCCGUCGGCAUAAAGAGGAAAAUAACAGUGCUGGAACGUCCAGAGAUGGGCCAGUCAAUCCUUUGGAAGUUCUCAUUAAGGAGGAACCACCCUUCUACACGGACGAUCCUGACAUGGAGAUCAAGCAAGAAUUGGAUGAUGGCUACGAGGCCUAUCUCCAGCCCAAAACCGAACUCAUCGAAUACACUCCACCUCGACCAGAUUCCUCUCAAUCCUCAGAUUACUACCCCGACAACAAUCCAGACAUGCCAGAUUCUCCUGAACCUGAUGUCUUGGAUGUCAGUCAGCCCACUGAAGAGUCUCCGGAAGUUCCGGAGAAGUCUUCGGUGGCAGAAGAAAACAACGAAAAGAAGACGAAGAAAAGGACGACGAAGAAGACGAAGGAAAAGGAAGAAGAUGAAGAAGAGGGUGAACCGAAGAAGAAGAGAACAAGAAAGACACCGGCAAAACCAAAAGAACCCAGAAAGCCAAGACAGCGUAAGCCACCAAAACCGCCCAAGGAGAAGAAGAAGAAGCUCUCCCGGAUGGAAUUGUGGCGUCUUCGGCCUCACAAAUGUCCCUUCUGUAUUCGUCGGUAUGCGGCCAAGGAGAACUUGGAAGCCCAUCUGGAGUUCCAUACGCGGAAGGAGAAGCACUUUCCCUGUGAUAAGUGCGAGAUGUCCUUUGAUACCUUUGGCGCUCUACGCUUUCACAUUGGGAAGGUUCAUGUGGACAGGAAUUGCAAAGUUUGCGGAGAAUUGAUGGCCACUCUAACUGACCAGUUGCGUCAUAAGACAAUGCAUCUGGAUAAGGAAAUCUAUAAGUACGAAUGCGAUAUAUGCCACAAGCGCUUUGCUCGUAUCACAUCCCUGAAACUGCACAAGAAUAAAAUUCAUUCUGGUGGACCUCUUAAGUGUCUCUCGUGUCCGCUAAGUUUCACGAAGCCUGUCUACCUUCUCGGACAUGCCCUUGAAAAGCAUAAUGACGAUAAGCCAUUUGGCUGUAGCAUCUGCAAAUACCGAAGCAAUCGACAGUACCAUGUCGACAUCCACUUUAGAUCGCAUUCGCUCGACUUGCAGUUGCAUUGCGAUAUUUGUGGGCGGUUCUUUACCAAUAUGAGUAAUUUCAAUACGCAUAAGAAGCAACAUGAGGAAAAUCCGGCUGACGUAGAUUACAGGACGUGCAAAGAGUGUGGGAAGGUCUUUGCCAGAAGGACGUAUCUCAAUAAGCACAUGAGAAUCCAUACGGGAGAGUUACCGUUUCAGUGUGCAGACUGCGAGAAAAGAUUCACGACCAAGGGGCAAUUGAAGGCCCACAUGGUGAGUCAUUCCAAUAUUAGGCCGUAUCAAUGUGAAAUUUGCGCCAAGACAUUCCCUCGGUCUGGAACGCUGAAGAUUCAUAUGCGUUUCCACACGAAUGAACGCCCAUAUCAGUGCAGGGUGUGUUCCAAAGCUUUUCAUUCGGCCACCCUGAGGACAACCCAUGAAAAGACCCAUUCUGGAGAGACCAGAAAGUACACGUGCAACUACUGCAAUAGGAUCUAUGUGAGUCAUAGGUGCUUCAAGGCUCACAUUAAGAUGCAUCAGAGCAAUGCUGUUACCUUCCCUUGUCCCACUUGUGGGAUUUGCUUCAUAAAGAUGACUCGACUCAAUAAGCACAUUUUGACACAUGUAAAGGAAAUUCAGGAAAUGCAGGAAGUACCGGAAGAACAUAGCCCAAUAGUUGUUCAAUAAAUUUGUACUGUCGCAAGAGCUGAAUUGACUCUGAGGUUGAUGGAUAUGUGGCUUUUUUAGGCCAAGAUACUGUGGAUCGUUGCAUUUUCACUUAGGCGUAUACUUCACUUGAGUUCCAGUGCAAGUGAAAUUUGAUAGAUCGCAGAAAGUGAACUUGAUAAUUUCACAAAACGGGACAUCCAUGUCAUUCUAAUGUUAUAUUUUAGUAGUCGUAAUAAAAUUUGUGUAAAUAUUA